UCUCUCCCUCCCUCCUCUCCUUUCUUCCCCCCAUCUAUUCUCUCCCACCUGUUCUCCACUCCCUCAUUGUGUGUAUGUGUGUGUGUGUGUGUGUGUGUGUGUGUGGCAGGUGUUGUGAUCCGGAUAGAGAUGCCAUUUGUAUUGCGGGCCACAGACGAGUCAGUUCAGUCAUAGUAUUAACUUCCUGCUUAAACCACCUCUUACGUCUCAUCUCUCGUUUCACCGCCUCAAUCCAUCUCAACUUCUCUCUAUUUUAGUCUUCGUCAUCCUCUUCCUCCAAGCUCCACCUCAGCCUCACUUCACUGCAGCCUUCUCCCCUCUCCUCAUUCCCUUAUCAUCUCCCUCGUCCGUCCUCGCCUCAAAUCCUGGUAUUGCUCGUUAGUUAUAUGGUCGUUCAAGCGCCGGAGGAUACCUGGUGAAUCACGUGAACCGGGGAUUGGACACACCCGCGCCUCCUCCUCCUCCUCCUUGCCAAGUUACGGCGAUGGUGCUUCUCAGGGUGUGCGUGGCGGCGGCGGUGGCGGUGGUGGUGGUGCUGUGUGACCCCGCCGUUGAGACACAAGCCAAGACACCUUUAGUUGGGGAUGACUUCGACUACCUGGACGAUGUGAAGGGCUUCGAAGACAUCAAGGACGAGGUGAAUCACAGGUACUCCGCCAAGAUCAACCAAAUGGACAUGUUGGAGGAUUACCCAUAUGACGAUGACGACGAUGACCACCACCAUCACUACCCGGGCGACGUGGGCGACGAGGACUACGACGAUGAGGAUUAUGAUGAGGGAGAUGAAGAUGAGAAUGAUGAGGAUGACGAUGAGGAUGGUGGAUGUGGAGGGGAUGACGAUGAUGAGGACGAGGAAUUGUCACCAGUGGAGCAGGUUAUUGAGGAUUUCUUCACUAGAUAAGAGAGAGAGA